GCGGCCUCAGCGGCCCCGCCCCGCUCCACCAGGCCGGACCUGGCGGGCGCCCGGAGCCAGGAGCUGCCUUGAGAGCCCGGGGAUCCGUGGCAAGGAGGUGCCGGCACUGGAGCAAGAGCCGGGCAGGAGCUGGAGCGGCGGCGCAGGUGGCACUGGGUUCCCCUGGAGGCCCCCGGCCAGGCCAGAGCUUCCGCCGCCAUGGCCAUUGUGCAGACUCUGCCAGUGCCACUGGAACCUGCUCCUGAGACCGCCACCACCCCACAAGCUCCAGCCAUGGGCAGUGUGAGCAGCCUCAUCUCAGGCCGGCCCUGCCCGGGGGGGCCAGUUCCUUCCCGCCACCAUGGCGCCCCUGGGCCCACCUUCUUCCGCCAGCAGGAUGGGCUGCUGCGGGGUGGCUAUGAAGCACAGGAGCCGCUGUGCCCAGCCGUGCCCCCCAGGAAGACUGUUCCUGGCACCACCUUCACCUACAUCAACGAGGACUUCCGGACAGAGUCACCCUCCAGCCCCAGCAGCGACAUUGAGGAUGCGCGGGAGCAACGAGCACGGAAUGCCCACCUCCGCGGCCCCCCACCGAAACUCAUCCCUGUCUCUGGAAAGCUGGAGAAGAACAUGGAGAAAAUCCUGAUCCGCCCAACAGCCUUCAAGCCAGUGCUGCCCAAACCUCGAGGGGCACCGUCUCUCCCCAGCUUCUUGGGUCCUCGGGCCACCGGACUGUCUGGGAGCCAGGGCAGCCUAACACAGCUGUUUGGGGGCCCCGCCUCCUCCUCCUCUUCCUCCUCCUCCUCAGCUGCCGACAAACCUUUGGCACUGAGUGGCUGGGCCAGUGGCUGCCCGUCAGGGACACUGUCUGACUCCGGCCGAAACUCACUGUCCAGCCUGCCCACUUACAGCACUGGGGGUGCCGAGCCGGCCACCAACUCCCCAGGUGGGCACCUGCCCUCCCAUGGCCCCGGGCGGGGGGCACUGCCGGGGCCUGCCCGAGGAGCCCCUACUGGGCCCUCCCACUCGGACAGUGGCCGGUCUUCCUCCAGCAAGAGCACAGGCUCCCUGGGGGGCCGCGUGGCUGGAGGCCUCUUGGGCAGCGGUCCCCGGGCCUCCCCGGACAACAGCUCCUGCGGGGAGCGCUCCCCACCACCACCACCACCCCCUCCACCCCCUUCGGAUGAGGCCCUGCUGCACUGUGUCCUGGAAGGGAAGCUCCGCGACCGGGAGGCAGAGCUGCAGCAGCUGCGAGACAGUCUGGACGAGAGCGAGGUGACCAUGUGCCAGGGUGGGGGCAAGUGGCAGGCAGUAGUACUUGGCCAUUCCCACCCAGCCGUCUGGCUUAAUUGCGGAGAGGUGUACGAGGACCGGCAGCGGCACUGGCAGCGGGAACGGGAGGCCCUGCGUGAGGAUGGUGCGGCCCAGGCGCAGCGGGCACAGCGGGCCCAGCAGCUGCUACAGCUGCAGGUGUUCCAGCUGCAGCAGGAGAAGCGGCAGCUGCAGGACGACUUUGCGCAGUUGCUGCAGGAACGGGAACAGCUGGAGCGGCGCUGCGCCACCUUUGAGCGGGAGCAGCGGGAGCUCGGGCCCCGGCUCGAGGAGACCAAGUGGGAGGUGUGCCAGAAGUCAGGCGAGAUCUCCCUGCUGAAGCAGCAACUGAAGGAGUCUCAGGCAGAGCUGGUGCAGAAGGGCAGUGAGCUGGUGGCCUUGCGGGUGGCCCUGCGAGAGGCGCGGGCCGCCCUGCGGGUCAGUGAGGGUUGGGCACGGGGUCUCCAGGAGGCGGCCCGAGCACGGGAGCUAGAGCUGGAGGCCUGUUCCCAGGAGCUGCAGCGGCACCGCCAGGAGGCUGAGCGGCUGCGGGAGAAAGCUGGGCAGUUGGACACUGAGGCGGCUGGACUCCGGGAACCUCCUGUGCCACCUGCCACUGCUGACCCAUUCCUCCUGGCAGAGAGUGAUGAGGCCAAGGCACAGCGUGUGGCAGCUGGGGUUGGAGGCAGCCUGCGGGCCCAGGUGGAGCGGCUGCGGGCUGAGCUGCAGCAGGAGCGGCGGCGGGGCGAGGAGCAGAGGGACAGUUUUGAGGGGGAACGGCUGGCCUGGCAGGCGGAGAAAGAGCAGGUGAUCCGCUACCAGAAGCAGCUGCAGCACAACUAUAUCCAGAUGUACCGGCGGAACCGGCAGCUGGAGCAGGAGCUGCAGCAGCUCAGCCUGGAGCUGGAGGCCCGGGAGCUUGCCGACCUGGGCCUGGCCGAGCCAGCCCCCUGCAUCUGCCUAGAGGAGAUCACUGCCACCGAAAUCUAGGGUCCUUGGUGUCCCAGCUCUACAGGGAGCUCUACAGAAAGGGAACAGUAGCCUCAGGUCCACUGAGGUCCCCAGAGCCUCUUGUCCCCUGGGAUCCAGGACUCUGGGCCUCUAUCAAGAACCCAGGGCUGUCCUAUGACUUGGAUGAGCAAGAUCAGACCCCUCGGAGGUCCCUGUGUUCAUUGUCACCCAGAGGCCCCUACUCACUCCACCCGUUUCACUCCCCACCUGUUGCCAGUGCCACUCUGCCAACCCCAUUCACCGCUCACCGGGUCAACCAUCCAGGGCCUGGGGAGAGGAAGGGGGUACCCCCCGACUCCAAAGCUGGAGAGAGCCAGGCAGCACCAGCGGCUCCAGAUGUGCCUGCCCCCACCCUCGCAUGUGGGGGACAGGGCUGGGGCUGGGGUCUGACCCCCAGCUUCCAGCUCUGCAGCCUCCCCCAGCUGGGAGGGGCUGUAGUCAGACCAAAGGAAGAACUCAGAAAUGUCUUGUUUAAUGUGACUGAAUGGCCCCUCCCCACACCCUGGUUUAUGGCCUCGCUUUUCACUUGUAUAUUUUUUACACUGUAAAUUUGUUGUACAAACCCAAAGAAAAAAUUUAAAAAAAUUGUUCUGUUU